GAAUUACACCGCGGCUUGUGCGGUUAUUCUGUUUGGGUCCUGUCACAAACAGAAUCAUUACUGAACUGUAGUUAGAGUAAAACAUUAUUUUAGGCGCACACGUUGCUAUUUCUGCUAGCUUUGGCCUUCUUCUGGCUAGCAGCCGGAUGCAUUGUUUGAGACCAUGCAAGUUAGCCUGCUUGUAGUCUCGCAUUGCCAGACCUUCCUCCACAGCGUGCUAACCACUUGGAACAGAAGGGAUUGGUUUGAGGGGAAGAUGUCUCAGAAAGCAACAGCUAGGACCUCAUCACUCAUGGCCCUCCAUUCAGAUUCACAUAAGCAGAGCAUCCUGAGCAAAUUCGACAAGCUCAGGAAAAGAGACCUACUGUGCGACAUCACUCUUGUUGUGGAAGACGUACACUUCAAGGCGCACAAAGCCCUGCUGGCAGCAAGCAGCGAGUACUUCUCCCUCAUGUUCAUGGCAGAAGAUCAGAUCAGUCAGUCGACCUACCGGCUGGAUGGUAUGGCAGCUGCGAUGUUUGCAGAAGUGCUGGAGUUCAUCUACAGCGCCCAGGUGUCUGUAGAGGAGAGUGCCACUGAGCAGCUUCUGGCCACGGCUCAUGUUAUGGAGGUAAACGAUCUUGUCAAGGUGCUCAACGAACUCACACACUCUGCUGCAGUGGUUAGAGGCCAGGAGGUAAAGGCUGACAUAACCCAGGUGCCAGAUCAGCCGAAACGCAAAAGAGGACGGCCCAAGAAAAAAGAACUUGUAACGGAGUUGGAGGGGACAAGUGCACCAUGCGAUAGCUCAGAGGGGGGACUGGUUGGAGAUACGGACUGUGAUGAUACAGUAACUGAGUCACAAGCCAAAGACAAUGCAGAUUACAAGCCAGAAGCCCACCAGAGCCGGCAGAGCAAACGCAAAAUCAGGCCACCGGUGAAGUACAAGAGCUACAAGGUGGUCAGCGACACAGCAGUAAGCAAAGAGCCUGGGAAGAAAGGCAGGAAAAGGAAAUACCCCAACACUGAGGCCCGCUGUGAGGACUGUGGCAAAGUGUUCAAAAAUCACCUCUUUUUAAAGAUUCACCAGAGGACUCAUACAGGAGAGAAGCCUUUUCAGUGCCUGGUUUGUGGAAAGGGUUUUACCCAGAAGCAUACUUUGCUGGUUCACCAGCGCAUGCACACUGGAGAAAAGCCAUUUGUCUGCACCGUCUGCUCCAAAGCGCUCUCCACCAACCACUCCCUACAAGAGCACAUGAACCUCCAUAAAGGGGAGAAGCCAUAUGACUGCAGCAUCUGCAACAAAUCCUUUUCGGACCCUAGCGCGAGACGGCGACAUGUCGCCUCUCACUCAGGGAAGAAACCCUUCACGUGCUCCUCCUGUGGCCUGUCAUUUACCCGCCUGGACAAUCUGAACACACACACCAAAUCUCACAACAAGGAGAGAGCUGUGACAACAAAAGCCACGUCAGAUGCUCCCCGCGCCGCAGAGCCACCGGAGGAGGAGGUACACGACAUCCUGCAGCUGCAGCCGUACCAGCUGCCCUCCACCUCUGAACAGGAGAUCCAGCUGGUGGUGACGGGAGACGUGGACAACAUUAACUUUGGGCCGGGGCAGAACCAGGAGAUCAGCAUUAUCACCACCGAGGGGGAGGCGGCAGAAUCGUCCCACUCCAGACUCACCCUCCUCACCCAGUCGCCAGGAAACGUGCAGAACGUGGCUUUGGUGGCUCAGAGCGGCGUGGCGGACCAGAGCCCUCAGAUUCAGACUAUCGGUUUGCUGCAGGGCCAGAUGAGCCACCAGCCGGAGCAGAUGCACGUCCUCACGCUCAGUAAAGAGGCGAUGGAGCAGCUACAGGCUGAGCACGGUGCCCCGCACACCCUUCAGAUAGCACAACGGGCGGUCCAGCAGCUGCAGGUGAUGCACCAGCCCAUCCAGCAGCUCGCUGUGGGACAGGUGGGCAGGGAGCACACACACAGCCAGGCCAUUCACAUCAGCAGCCAGAGCAGCCAGCCCAUCUCCAUCAGCCAGACCAGCGAGCAGAUCUCCAGCCACCACAUCCAGGGACAGACGUUCCAGAUCCAGGCAGGGACCGUCUCCUACCUGUACACCACUGGGCUGCCGCAGGAGAGCUGAGGGGGGGGCCGGAGGACUGAAGCUGCCAAAUCCACGCUGAUAAUGCUGCUAUGGUAAACAUUUAUAGCUAACCAAAUUAUUAGAAUCAAGUUUUACUUGAAACUUAUAUAUGAAAAAUGUUCUGUCAACCAUUUCCCAAAACAUACCAUAAUUAGUUUUUCUUUAAAGGGACUGUACUUGGUAUACUGAAAAAAACAGUGGGCUGGGAUUGUUUAAUACAGCUCGCACUGACCAUUCCCCAAUACGAGAAAUACCUAUGUUUUUUUCACGGCCACAUGCAAGGCAAGUAAAUGUUAACUGUAAUUGAUUUUACAAUCUCAUGCAGGUUUCAGGCAUACGUUAGUUGAUUUUUACACUGAACUGGACAUGACACCAAUGGUUGAGAAAUGCAUUAAUCUAAAGACCAAUAAUAGGCUUUAGGAAAUGGUUAGCAAUAAAACUAAAUAUAAGCAAUUUGUAGAAAUAAAUCAUGGACUAACACAA